UGUUGUUCUACUCGACCGCACACACACACACGGCGAAAAUGGCAGCAGCUGCUGGAGGGUGCGAGCAUCUGGCUGUGUUCAAGCAAGCGCUCUUCCAGCCGCGACCGCAGCCGACAUUGCGCAAUCACUCGCAGCACAGCCAGCAGCACGAUCAGCAGGCAGACGGCGGCAGCACGGGCGAGACGACGGGCCGCGACCUCUUCACCGCCAUGCAGCGUUACCUGCAGGCCUGGCGUGCGUCGCUCCAGCUGACGAGCAAGCACGCAGCCUCAGCCACGUCGUCUGCGGCGUCCUUGGCAACACCGCCAGUUGCAGCCGCCGCCACCACCACCAGUGGCACCAGUGGCACCAGUGGCAGGCAGCGCUCGCUCCGGUCUGGUCCGCCAGCCACAGCCUCCGCUGCCUCGCCAACAGAGGUUCAGCUGAGCCCCGCAGCAGUUGCCUCCAAGAUUCCAACGCCAGCUUGCUCAGUGUGUCGUGCGCCAGGUCGCAAGUUGCACGCAUGUCUGUCCUGCACGUUCUUUGGCUGCAGGGCGAAAUUGAACCACAACGCGUCGAAUGGCACCACUGCCACGAUGAUGGACACGAGCAUGACAAGCACCACCGCAUUGCCGCUCAGCCAUGCAGAGGCACAUGCUAGACAGUGUGGUCAUCCACUUGCCUGCGAUGUCGUUCAUGAUCAAAUCUACUGCUUUGAGUGCCAAGACUACGUGUACGACCACGAGAUGGACGAUAUCAUUGAACACCAACGAGUCGAGGCUGAGCGAGCCGCUUACGCAGAGACCAACCGCCUGCCGUAUCUACCCUGGGUGCCAAAGGCCGAGGAGGCAAGGUUGAUAUCGGCUCACUCUGUCGCCAACGUUACCGACCCGGAAGACUCCACCCUAGGACUUCGCGGGUUGAACAACCUCGGCAACACUUGCUUUAUGAAUUGCAUCUUGCAGAGCUUCAUCCACAACCCACUGCUUCGUAAUUACUUUUUGGCCGACCAGCACACGGAAGAAACCUGCCACAUUCAGCUGGGCAAGGGAUUGCCUCCUGUCGACACGGCCAAGGGUGUCCAGCCUCACAAUCACCACCACCAUCACCACCAUCAAAGCGGCAGCGAUAGUCUCUGCAUGGCAUGCGAAAUGGACCAGUUGCUACAUCGGUUCUUCUCUGGUGAAACCCAGCCGCACACUCCGUACCAGUUCCUACACUCGGUCUGGAAACACGCCAAACAUCUGGCGGGUUACGAGCAGCAAGACGCUCACGAGUUUUUCAUUGCCACCUUGGAUGCCAUGCACACUCAUUGUCGAGGCACUUUGCUGAACUGUCACUGCAUCAUUCACCGCGUUUUUACCGGAGCUCUUCAAUCUGAUCUGACCUGUCUCCGCUGCGGAUCCGUCUCCAGUACUGUUGAUCCGUUUUGGGACAUUUCGCUGGAUUUGCGCCAUCACAAAGGUGCGACCGGAACACCAGAGGAACUUCAGCCCAACAGUCUGGAGCAAUGCCUGCACCGUUUCAUCAGGCCCGAGCGACUCACAGAGCAAAUCUCGUGCGGAAAUUGCAAGACGCACCAAGACUGCAUCAAGCAGCUGACCAUCAAGUCCCUUCCUGUCGUUGUCUGCUGUCACCUCAAGCGCUUUGAGCACGCGACACGCUCGUUCAAGAUCGACUCGUAUAUUGAAUUUCCCGCACAUCUUGACAUGUCGCCCUACUUGUCAGCCAGUUUGCAACGCCAGAACGGCAACAUCCCUGUCGUACCACCGUCCCCUCGAGAAGAAGCGCCCAUUCUCAAUGCAUCGCCCGACUUUGGAGGCAAUGCGAUGUACUCCCUGUUUGCUGUGGUCAACCAUCGCGGCUCGAUCGAUCACGGCCACUACACAUGCUACGUUCGUCACAACUCACGCUGGUUUUUGUGCGACGAUGCCUGGAUCACCCAAGUGGAUAUCGAAGAAGUGCGCGAAAGUCAAGGCUACCUCCUGUUUUACAUCAAGGACGAGAUGGAAUAUUCGGCCAAUUAAUUGCCCCCACCCACUAUGCUCUAUUGCUGUUCAAAAACAAAAUGUCUUGAUGUGGUUUUGCACGUAAUGUAUUAUUGUACACAAAACGAAUAGAGCAAUGUAUUUUCCGCAA